AUGGAUCUGGCACCAGAGGAGCUUCAAUUCCUCAACAUCCCCGACAUCCUCCGAGAAUCGACAUCAAUCCCCAAGCGUUCCCCGAAGACCUUCUACCUCAUCACGCUCACCCUCGUCUUCCCCCUCUCCUUCGCCAUCCUCGCCCACUCGCUCUUCACGCACCCCCUCAUUUCCCAGCUCCAGAACCCCUUCAACGACCCCUCCCAGACCUCGCACCAGUGGACCCUCCUCCUCAUCAUCCAAUUCUCCUACCUCCUCUUCCUCUUCGCCUUCUCCCUCCUCUCCACCGCCGCCGUCGUCUUCACCGUCGCCUCCCUCUACACCGCCAAGCCCGUCUCUUUCACCUCCACCCUCGCCGCCAUCCCCCGCGUCUUCAAGCGCCUCUUCCUCACCUUCCUCUGGGUCACCCUCCUCAUGAUCCUCUACAACUCCCUCAUCCUACUCUCCCUCCUCCUCACCAUCAUCGCCAUCGACACCGACAACUCCCUCCUCCUCUUCUUCUCCCUCCUCGUCAUCCUCUCCCUCUUCCUCGUCGCCCACGUCUACAUCACCGCCCUCUGGCACCUCGCCUCCGUCGUUUCCGUCCUCGAGCCCAUCUACGGCCUCGCCGCCAUGAAGAAAAGCUACCAUCUUCUCAAGGGUAGGACCAAGUACGCCGCCGUUCUCGUCGCCGUCUACCUCGUUAUCUGCAGCAUCAUCUCCGGGAUCUUCAGUGUCGUCGUGGUCCACGGUGGGGACGUUUAUGGCGUCUUCACCAGGAUUGUCGUUGGAGGGUUCCUCGUGGGGCUGUUGGUGAUUGUGAAUUUGAUUGGGUUGUUGGUGCAGAGUGUGUUUUACUAUGUUUGCAAGAGUUACCAUCACCAGGGGAUCGAUAAGAGCGCGCUACACGAUCACCUCGGAGGGUACCUUGGAGAAUACGUGCCUCUCAAGAGCAGCAUUCAGAUGGAGAAUUUUGAUGUAUGA